AUGGCGACGGCGAGGAGGCGCAAGGCGAAGGCCGCCAGGGCCGCGGCCGCGGAAGCCAUGAAGAAAGACAGGAAGAACGCCUACGAUGCCAUGGUCACAGCGGAUAAGGAGUCCCGGCAAGCCGAAGCGGAGGCCAAGGAGGCCACCACGACGGCCGCGGCCAAGGCCGAGGAGUCCAUGCAAGCCGUCGGCAUGGCCAUGGCGAAAGCCGAAGAAGCCGCCGUCAUAGCCAGCGUGAAGGCGGAGGAAGCCGAGAAGGCAAGAGAAGCCUACCGCGAGGUGUGUCGGCAGGUGGACGCAGCGGCGGAGUGGGCGCAGUGCGAGGAGGAGCUCUUCGCCGCCCGGUUCCGACGCUACUGGAACCAACUCGUCGCCCGCCCCGGCGUCACCUUCCAUCAAACCACAUCGAUCCCCGCCAUGCGGUACACGCACCCUGCUCCCCAUGAUAGGCCCAAGGCCAUGGAUACCUUGCAGAUCACGUCGGUGAAGAUCGCAGCGGUCGACGAUUGCCUGCAAUGGCCGCUGCAAGUGUAUGGCAUCAUCGCGGCACGAGAUGUCUUGGAUCACAAGCGCAACAUUCUUUUCCACCGCCGGAGGGGUGAUUGCCAAAUAAUCACUCAAGAGGAUCCAUACCUAGCAUUGACGGGCCCUAGUCGCGCCAUUGCCGUGUCGAGGGACCUUUCAUACAUCGAGGUCUCGCUCAAGGUGAAGGGCGCGAGUAGAACUAGAUCCGAGGACGGAGAUUUGAGCGAUCUAGUCCUGAGUUACGGGACCGGAUUAUGUCUCGCAGGCAUUUACCCUAGCAGGCUCAGCACACUUGAACUUGAAUCCAGUCACAUUAAUCGCUCCGUGGAGGCCACGGUCCGCAUCAAAAUCACCCACGGGUCAUGGCCGGAUGGUCUCCGAGGCGCGUUCACUGCAGGCAUGAGCAGCGAUUAUGGCCUGGAAGUGGAGCUGCUCAAUACCAGAGACGGUAGAGCUUUGCCCGUCGACUCUGAAGGUGUGGUCAAGCUCCAGCGCCGCGUCAUCUCCGUCUACAUCGAGGGGAUGCUCAAGGUUUCCGUGGUGGCAUGUUCGGUUGAUGAGGAACGGGGUUUCAUCGAGAAAGCUGAGGCAGUUUUCGAAGCAAAGAGACAAUGUGUAAGCGUCAUGGAGAUUAACUUUGGGUCUUGUAGUAUGCAGAUUACCGUCGCUUGGUCCUGUUUCCGCCAUGAGUAG